CUUUUACUCUCUUUUUUCUAGUGUCUUUCUUACCGUAAAAUAUUAUAUAAACCAUCAACAUCAUCCUGGUUUGAAAAAGGGUUGAAAACCUUCCUCCUCACUUUCCAUUCAACUUCUUCCUCUCAACAUUCCUGUAUGCUUUCAUCCGAGGUGAAUUCUUACCCUCUUGUAUAUCUACCUUUCGAAAUCAUACUCCACAUACUAUCAUUUCUACCCAUUCUGGAUCUCUACUAUCUACGCAAUUAUCUUCCAGAAGACUAUCAAAGGUAUAUUGAUGCUAUCCUUUUACGACACCCUAAUCUAAGCAGUCGCCGGCUGGUUCUCCGCGUGUCUGCUCCUCAUCUUAUGUAUACCUACUAUCCUGGCAUGUGUCUUCCAUCGAUACCAAACGAAUACGCACCAUCCGACGAAUGCAACGAAUUAAUUACUGGUCUGCCUACCACCCGCACUAUCAAUAUGCGAAUACAGCGUUUUGGACCGAAGGGAAUUGAAUUAUUUCCAGAAGAAGAUCAGUGGUUUCGCCACACUGAUGCUGUAGGAGUUGCUGUUGUGUUACUGGAAAACGAGAAUAGAGUUGCAAAGCGCAGCCUGCAUGCCGCGGAUCCUAGAAAAGGUGUAUUUGCUCGGCAAGGGUACUUUGAAGGUGGGAUUGCCUUUGAAACAGGCACUCAAGGAGGGACGGCAAGAGUUCGAAGUAUGACUGUCGGCGUUCAAUGGUUUUGUAAUUAACACUUUUGACCCACACCCCUCUCAAAAAAGUGUACGCCCGUGACACCUAGCACACGUACAUACGCUUACCACACACAACACACGCGAACAACCAACCCCCAAUCUCCAUCCCAUCCAAGCCCUAACAACAACAAGCUUGGUUAUCAUCUGUAUGACGGAUACUUCU